CCGCUUGAGAUAGUGGCGGCGGGAGAGGCCGGGCGCCGGGACCCUGCGGGGACAGCCCUCCUAAUGCACCGGCCGCACCUGCAGGAGGACCUCGGAGCCCGGAAAAGUGCCCCUAGGGCAUCGUGUCGGCCACGCCGCGUGGCCUGGAUUCCGCGCUCCGGCACUCCGAGGUGACAGUGAGGCGACCUUCAAAGAGCCUGGAGCUGAGCCAGGCCAGAGCGCGGGCAGCACCCCUAUUCCCACUCACCCGCAAAACUUGAAGAAAAUGACAUCAUCUGAGCGUGUCAGAGAGCAGAAAGAUGCCUUUUAGAGCCCUCCUUUGCAUCCUCAGAGUUAACAAGUUUACUCUGUCACUUUCUUGACUUGAUUUUUAAAGUUCUUUUCUAGUCUCCAAGGUCAGCCUCUUGCAGAUUCCCUGUAAGGAGCCCCUGCUGGUGCACCAGAACUACCGGGGGUCAUCUGCCCAACUGCCCCAGACUCUGGCAGUGGGGCCCCCGAUGGCAGUGGGCACCUCCCCGUGAAACCUGCCAAGCUGGACGCCACAGCUCUGCACGACGACACUUUGGCCAACUCCGUGCCCCCUUCGGAGGCAUGCAACCAUGCAGUCCUAGCCUGCAGCCUGGGCAUCCCUGAGGAACACUACAUAAGCGAGGCUGUGGAAGAUGCUCCCAGCUACAGAGGGUACCGGGAUGCCUGCACCAUUACUGAUGUGUGCAACAGCACCGAUCUUCCGGAAGUCGAGAUCAUUAGCCUGCUGGAGGAGCAGCUGCCCCAUUAUAAGUUAAGAGCCGACACCAUCUACGGUUAUGACCACGACGACUGGCUCCAUACACCUCUCAUUUCUCCAGAUGCCAACAUUGACCUCACAACCGAGCAAAUUGAAGAGACGCUAAAAUACUUCCUUUUAUGUGCUGAAAGAGUUGGCCAGAUGACUAAGACAUAUAAUGACAUAGAUGCUGUCACUCGGCUUCUUGAGGAGAAAGAGCGGGAUUUAGAAUUGGCCGCUCGCAUCGGCCAGUCGUUGUUGAAGAAAAACAAGACCCUAACCGAGAGGAACGAGCUGCUGGAGGAGCAGGUGGAACACAUCAGGGAGGAGGUGUCUCAGCUCCGGCAUGAGCUGUCCAUGAAGGAUGAGCUGCUUCAGUUCUACACCAGCGCUGCGGAGGAGAGCGAGCCCGAGUCCGUUUGCUCAACCCCGUUGAAGAGGAAUGAGUCGUCCUCCUCAGUCCAGAAUUACUUUCAUUUGGAUUCUCUUCAAAAGAAGCUGAAAGACCUUGAAGAGGAGAAUGUUGUACUUCGAUCCGAGGCCAGCCAGCUGAAGACAGAGACCAUCACCUAUGAGGAGAAGGAGCAGCAGCUGGUCAACGACUGCGUGAAGGAGCUGAGGGAUGCCAAUGUCCAGAUUGCUAGUAUCUCAGAAGAAUUGGCCAAGAAGACGGAAGAUGCUGCUCGCCAGCAAGAGGAGAUCACACACCUGCUAUCGCAAAUCGUUGAUUUGCAGAAAAAGGCGAAAGCUUGUGCAGUUGAAAAUGAAGAACUCGUCCAGCAUCUGGGGGCUGCUAAGGAUGCCCAGCGGCAGCUCACGGCCGAGCUGCGUGAGCUGGAGGACAAGUAUGCAGAGUGCAUGGAGAUGCUACAUGAGGCGCAGGAGGAGCUGAAGAACCUCCGGAACAAAACCAUGCCCAAUACCACGUCUCGGCGCUACCACUCGCUGGGCCUCUUUCCCAUGGACUCCUUGGCAGCAGAGAUUGAGGGAACAAUGCGCAAGGAGCUGCAGUUGGAAGAGGCCGAGUCUCCAGACAUCACUCACCAGAAGCGUGUCUUUGAGACAGUAAGAAACAUCAACCAGGUCGUCAAGCAGAGAUCUCUGACCCCUUCUCCUAUGAACAUUCCUGGCUCCAACCAGUCCUCGGCCAUGAACUCCCUCCUGUCCAGCUGUGUCAGCACGCCCCGGUCCAGCUUCUACGGCAGUGACAUAGGUAACGUCGUCCUCGACAACAAGACCAACAGCAUCAUUCUGGAAACAGAGGCAGCCGACCUGGGAAAUGAUGAGCGGAGUAAGAAGCUGGGGACGCCGGGCACCCCAGGCUCCCAUGACCUGGAGACAGCGCUGAGGCGGCUGUCCCUGCGCCGGGAGAACUACCUCUCGGAGAGGAGGUUCUUUGAGGAGGAGCAAGAGAGGAAGCUCCAGGAGCUGGCGGAGAAGGGCGAGCUGCGCAGCGGCUCCCUCACACCCACUGAGAGCAUCAUGUCCCUGGGCACGCACUCCCGCUUCUCCGAGUUCACCGGCUUCUCCGGCAUGUCCUUCAGCAGCCGUUCCUACCUGCCCGAGAAGCUCCAGAUCGUGAAGCCGCUGGAAGGUUCUGCCACCCUUCACCACUGGCAGCAGUUGGCCCAGCCUCACCUUGGGGGCAUCCUGGACCCCCGGCCUGGUGUGGUCACCAAGGGCUUCCGGACACUGGAUGUUGACCUGGACGAAGUGUACUGCCUUAACGACUUUGAAGAAGAUGACACAGGUGACCACAUUUCUCUCCCGCGCCUAGCUACCUCCACGCCAGUUCAGCACCCAGAGACCUCAGGUGAGAGGUCCCGAGCCCGUGUGACUGUCUCAGGCAGCAGAAGUUACCCGAGCCGGCCUCAGGCUUCCCCAGAGGAGAUGCAGGAGCCAGCGGCCACGGAGGAGGAGGAGGAGGAGGAGGAGGGGUCUGCGCACCAUCCUGGGAAGUGCAUGUCUCAGACCAACUCCACCUUCACCUUCACCACCUGUCGCAUUCUGCAUCCUUCAGAUGAGCUCACUCGGGUCACACCAAGCCUUAACUCAGCCCCAACUCCAGCUUGUGGCAGCUCCAGCCACUUGAAAUCCACGCCGGUGGCCACACCAUGCACUCCACGGAGACUGAGCCUGGCUGAGUCCUUCACUAACACCCGUGAGUCCACGACCACCAUGAGCACAUCCCUCGGGCUCGUGUGGCUGUUGAAGGAGCGGGGCAUUUCUGCGGCUGUGUACGACCCCCAGAGCUGGGACAGGGCCGGCCGGGGCUCUCUCCUGCACUCCUACACACCCAAGAUGGCUGUGAUCCCCUCUACUCCGCCGAACUCGCCUAUGCAGACACCCACAUCCUCCCCACCCUCCUUUGAGUUCAAGUGCACGAGCCCUCCCUACGACAACUUCCUGGCUUCCAAGCCGGCCAGCUCCAUCCUGAGGGAAGUGAGAGAAAAGAAUGUCCGCAGCAGUGAGAGCCAGACCGACGUGUCCGUCUCCAACCUCAACCUCGUGGACAAAGUCAGGAGGUUUGGGGUGGCCAAAGUGGUGAACUCAGGGCGAGCCCAUGUCCCCACCUUGACUGAGGAGCAGGGACCUCUCCUCUGUGGGCCCCCGGGGCCAGCACCAGCCCUUGUCCCCAGAGGCCUGGUACCUGAGGGCCUGCCCCUCGGAUGCCCCACUGUCACCAGUGCCAUCGGUGGGCUGCAGCUGAAUAGUGGCAUCCGGCGGAAUCGCAGCUUCCCCACCAUGGUGGGAUCUAGCAUGCAGAUGAAGGCCCCCGUGACUCUCACCUCGGGCAUCUUGAUGGGUGCUAAGCUCUCCAAACAAACUAGCUUACGGUGAGGACUGGAGGGGGGCCGGUUGCCCUGGAGGAGACCCAUGUUCUCCUCUCUUGCUCCCACCUCCCUCUCUUCCCCUUACAGUGCACUUCCUCCCUCUGCCCUUCUCUGUCCACCCCCUCCUGAGCUAGACAAAUCAACCUCGUGCCUAAUGGAGGAAGAGUGGAACCUUUGUAAAAUGUGUACAUAGGACUUGGAGACCUCGUGUCCACCCUGCUCUUUCUUCCGAUCCCACAGGAAGUGCCCCUGCACUGUCAUCACUCUCACGAGGACGUCACCUGUGCUAACCUGGGGGAAGGUGGGGUCCUUUCUUCUUUCCUUUUGAGAAGCACUGAAACUCCCAAGUGUGUUCUUAUCCCAUGGAUAGGAAACCAGUGAAUUCCGUGGCUGGCACACCACGAGCUGUCAACGCGGCACGGGUCAUAACAUAUCUGGGUGUCAUCGGACACCUCGCCUCACCCACCCUGUAGGAGCGUAAGGAGCCUCCAUCCUCAGCCAUGUGCCGCUGACGUGGCUUUCCUGAUCGGAGGGCUUUUCUUUCUUUUAUGGGUGGCCCAGCUUCUUCAAGACCUUCACUACUCUGCCUCAGUGGACAGUCGUUUCCUUUCUGAGGUGUGACCUUUUGUUUUCAUGCCUUCCCCUUGAAGUCAUCCUGUGUUUUGUAAUCAGCUGUCAGGCCAAAUGUCUGACCCGAAAGAGAAUGUAUUUACACUCGUGCUGCGUUCAGCAGCCCCUCUGUGUUCUGUGUGAUUUGUUUUACUUUUCCUUUUUUUUAAAUAUAUAUGCAGGGAAGUAAUGGUACUGGUAGUGUAUGUUUUCUAUGUGGUUCAAAUAUGAAUUUCAAACACACCAAGCCGCUAAUGAGAUAGCAGCUUUUUUCUGGGACCCAGAGUCACAACCAAAUUGAUUUAAGACCAGACCCAAGACACCUUUAACAAUAAGAAUGAAAGGAAAAAGGAUAGGGAAAAAGCUUAUUUAAAGAAACGUGUCAACACCAAACGUAGAGGGGAAGAACCACAACUAGGCAUAAUACCAAACUGGUUCCAGGGGGAAACAAGGCUUUGGCAUUCCACUGGCUCCAGCGCUUCCUCGAAAACCCAAGACUGGCCAGGGUGCUGUCACCGUGCAGUCUUUGAUUGCAGCCAUUCAGUGCCCACGUUUUGCCUUCUUGUUUCAGAAGAGCACGUGGUCACAACAAAGUAUUUUCUUUCCCUCCAAAGCCUUUUGUCUCCUUGUGCCACUUUUUAUCCUUAGGAAAAGAUCCAGGUGCUUGUGAAAAGAACCAUGAAUGCAACAAGGGAGGCUGGUCCUGUUGCUGUCGCCGAUGAAAUUUUUAACUUUUAUUUAUUAUUUAUGUCUGCCGUAUUUUAAAUAAACAUUCUCGUUCCUUCCAGUUCCAGUCAUAGUGUGUCUGUGGCAUUCCAGUCCAACCACAUAAUUUAUUUAUUCUAAUUUGAGGGCUGCACUGUACAUCAUGGUGUCCCGUGACACUGUGUUCCAGACAUUUAUGGAAGGAAAACAUCCCAUGUAAAUGAAACCGUCAUUCGGUGUCCUCCCUCGCAGCAGAAGAUGUGUCCUUCCAUUGAGUGAGGGUGACCUUAUGUCCAGCAGGGAUACUUUGAGAAAGCCCCUAAGGAGCAAGCCUCAGUCCCACAGUUUCAGACUAUUUAUUCUCUGAACACAAGAGUAUUGGUUAAUUAUGUUCUCAGUUCUCCUUGCUGUUACAUGUGUGCACUCACUGCAAGUAACUUAUAUCUUUUUAUUUGAAUGUAUUUUAAAGCGGUAGAUAGAAUAACAAAGGAGUAUGAAAACCAUGGACUGAAUGGACCAUUUUAUGUAUUCAGAGAGAGGAGCCACUCAUCGUUGCCAGAUAUACCAUGUAAAAAUUGGCAGUUCAGAGGUUGCAAUAUUUAGUAUAGUAAAUAAAUAAACGAUCAACAUUGUGCAACCACUACCAAAAAGUGUGUUGUAAUGCAUCAAAAAUCAACAAAAUUUUAUUCACUAAUGAGUAUCAAUAAAAUAAGUUCAAAUGAUGGAAACCACA